AUGGACUUUGUAGCUGAGAUGGAGAAAGUUGAGUGUGAGAAGCUUAAAGAAUCGGAACGUUUCUCCAUUGAGUAUGAAGAAAUUAGCGGGCAAAAUGCAGAACUGAAUUCGAAGUUACCUGAACUGAAGGAGGAAUGCGAAGAACUAAGAAAAAAGGUGGAGGAGAAAAAGUCGAAUCUGGCGGUAGAGAAUUUGAAAAUCGGAGACCUUCGACAAGGCGCAGAAUCAAACAAGUUGGCAAAGGAGAAAGAACUUGAAGAUGCGAAUGCGGAAAUGAGUAGAAUGGAAGCCGAAAUAUUGAGGAUGGAAACGGACGCAGAAGAUAUUCAGAAUAAGAAGUACGAGCUAGAAGGCGAGAUACACUUGCUCAAGCACCAGCUAUCUACAAAAGGUGAUGAGCUGGCGACUGCCAAAGAGAAUUUCUGUCGCAUGCAAGAAGCGACAAAUGCUGUAGCGAAAGAGAAGACCCACACGCAGAAGAGUGCAACUGGCGAACGCGAAGAGGGCAAUGUAGGGAAGGGAAAUCUCUCACGGAUGAAUGCGAGGUCGUCCCCUAUGAAGCGGAGAACACCUAAACAGAAACCAAAAUCUCCUAAGCAGAAACCAAAAUCAAGUAAACAGUCAGAGAAGGCAAACCACGGAAAAGGUGGAGAAGCCUCGAAGUCUAAGAAUAAUGCUGAAAGCUUCUUCAAUACGGACCGUGAGGAGAGUGACACAAGAAACGUUGAUUCUGAUGGGGUCAAGAGCGCCAGUCUACAGAACACGAAUACACUUGCUUCUACUUUGGCAGAAGAAUUCAAGCGUGAUAUUGCAGUGGAUUUGGAUGACAGUAUGAUGGUGGAGGAUGACGAUAAUGAUGAGUUGUUUGGCGACUUAACCUUUGGUACUCCGCUAAACAAGAGCAUGGCAGCUGUUCCGGGCACGGGCAACCACGAUGCAUCCAUUCGCGUGGAUGAAGAUAUUCACUUCGAGCCAAAUGAAUUAUUCACGUCAACGCCUCUUAUCGUGAAGAAGCAGUGUACCGUGCGUCCAACUCGCGUCAAAUCUUCUACCCGUAAUACGGAACCGUCGUCAUCGCAGGGAAUUUUGAAGAUGCCUCCAAUGCGAAGAAGUUCCGGAGAUUCGGCGGCCGCCCCACAUCGACGAGGAAAAAACCGUGGAAGGCCGAGAUGGAGGCCAUAG